UUUCCAGAUGCAGUACCUCAUACGUAUCGUAGUGAUCACACUGGCGUUAGCGAGUGUUAUGGCAUGGAGAGGAAACAAAGUCUACGAUGACAAUGAGGAGCCAGAUCUCCCCGGAUGUGACCAUCACGAUCGACAUCGUCACCAUCACAUGCCAGCAUUUUUGAAGAAAGUAAGCAAGGAAGCGCGCCUUGAAUAUUAUGAGAUUAUGUGGAACUUCAGCACUUCUAUGCAAGACAAGUUGGAUAAACUUAGUCAAUGGGCAAAGAAAAAUAAUGUAGAGGAUGCAGUCAACCAGUGGGUAAAAAAGAUUGAGAAUUUCUGGGAGGAGGUCAACAAGAACACUACUAAGACCCUACACGAAAUGACAGAGGUGUACCCGAAGGUGUACAAAAUUCUUUCGGACAUGAGCCUUACACCGAAAGAGAUGAUUCUGAAAGUCCGUGAUCUGCACAUGGAUUGCACACUGACGCGAACACUCUAUCAAGUCGUUUUCACUAUAGCUCGGUCCAGCGGAAAGUGGCCCUACAUGGGGGUAGAAGCAGAGGACUAUUUUGGAAAAUUGAUGGGUACCAGAGCAAAGAAGCAAGCUGCGCGUGUACUUCCAUUCAACUGAUUACAUGCCAAGAAUAUGUAUUCACUGUCUAUAUACUGUACUUUAUUCGCAAUAAAUAUAUGCGCGCA